AUGGGUGAUGGACAUCCAUAUAUGAAUACAUACCAUAUGAAACGUAACAUAUCAUGCUAAAUGGAGUGUCUCGGAUUUACGUACAGAAUAAUACGAAAUGCUCUGAGACCUCAGCCAGCCCAAGGAAGAAAACAGAAACCACUCUUUAUUACAACCACAUCUAGCGGCUACCGGAGGUUACUGAAGUAACCCCGAUUUUAUGACCCAAGCGCAAAUUCUUUCGGACCCCAUUUUCAAAUCAGGCGCAACACCUAGUUUGGCUUUAAACAGAACGGUAAUGGCGCCAAACAAAGACAUGGGGACAUGUUUUCCCGCGCUGCACAUCCAGAUCCCGUGUCGAUCAAAUCAGUAGCCUGCUGACUCUAAUAACUAAGCUAAGAGGUUGUCGCACCGGUCUGAGUGUCAAGAACUGCAACGCUGCUGGGUUUUUCACAAUCAACAGUUUCCCGUGUGUAUCAAGAAUGGUCCACCACCCAAAAGAUAUCCAGCCAACUUGACACAACUGUGGGUUCCAUUAGAGUCAACAUGGGCCAGCAUCCCUGUGGAACGCUUGACACCUUGUAGAGUCCAUGCCCCGACGAAUUGAGGCUGUUCUGAGGCCAAAAGGGGAGCAACUCAAUAUUAGGAAAGUGUUCCUAAUGUUUUUUUACACUCAGUGUAUGGUUCAAUUCUGACAAUUCUUUACAGAUCCUUGCACCGACUGGACCAAUAUUCCCAAGACAGUUGGUAUAUACUGUAUAACUUUUUACUGUCUUAGAUUAUAAUCGUUGGUUAGGGUGCUCAUUCACACUGAUUUGUGAGAUCAUCAGCAGUCAGGAACAACUCAUGAUCAUUCAGUAUAUGUAAUAAACGUGGAAUUGGAUAAGUACUUCACUUAUCACCAGUCACUUUAAGAGCAGUUUUCCCCCUGUGCUGUGCUAUAUGCCAUGCAUCUAGGCCUGCUGUUUUUAUUUUACUGAUGAUGUAAUAAUGCUACCUCACACUUGUACUUUCAAAUACAGUUCUUUGUAAUGCCUACUUCUUGAAAUAACUUAAGAUCAAUACGUUUGUAGUUACAAUUGACUUAAUUUGUAGUGCAUAACACGUUCUUUAAUUUGUUUGAAUAUCAGCUAUGUGGUGGAUGCAUAGAUGGAUGUUUAUUUUGUGUUUGCUUUUAAUUAGUUGUGUGAUGAUUCAAGUGCACAAUACUUAAAUCUGUCAUUUUGAAACGCUUUCUUAAUCUUUCGGCUAUUUCUUGGACAGAUACCCUACUCCAAGAACACCAGGAGCUCUUGGACAGUUCCGAUGUCCACGGUGAGGCCUCACCACCUCCGCUCAACUGCCUCAUCAGACUGGGCUACCAGACAGAAAAUGUCUUCAAAAAGGUGGAAGGAGGCGAAGCCAUAUUUCAUUGACAACUGGCUGGCAGGAGAGGCUCAUCACCCAGAUAUCAACAGUGAGGUACCAACCCAGCUGUCGUGCGCUGUAGAAAUGGCCUUCCGUGUCCUUUCUUCGUGUGUCGAUUGUGACACAGCCAGGCAUUCCAUUUUUGUGCUCCACAAUCGGAAUGCCAUAGUUAAAGGCUUUUUUACUGUUUUAAAGAUCACUCAUUUUAUUUACCUUCCUUGCCAUGUUGAAUAUCCUUUGUCGUUAAUUGUAUUCUGAUAUCUGAUGUUUUUAUGUAGCUCGUUUUCUGCCUGUAGAGAUACUUCAACCUUUUUGCCUGUGUCCACAACCGGCAAUUACGGUUUGCCCUGGCAGGUCUGUUGUACUUGUAACCAUGAGUGGUAAGGAUGCAGUGUAUCUUGAUUAAUUUUGUCUUAAUCCUCUCUUUAGGUCGUUAGAAUCUGGCAUUGCCAGAGCUCCAUUGUGAGACCUACAAGGAGGCCAGUACAGCAGGCAUGAAAGACCUGCAAAGGAGUGGCUACUGAUCUGUCACCAUCAACUUUGCAUCGUCAUCUCAACAGACGUGUUCUCUUCAUAUGAAGAGAUGAAGAUGGCUGCGCCAGUAUGUCACGUCAAGCAUUUUUGACAAUGCUUGACCAGAGGACAGAGCGUUUUGGCAGAGUAAGUUUCAUCCUCAUUAUUCUAAUGCAAGACUGACAGACUGAUUGUAAUGCAAGACUGGUGGAGGCUAUUUUAUAAUUUACUGCUAUUUUUAUCAGACAGGAAAAACCACAGUUAUCUUCUAAACUUAUCUUCUAGACAAGGCGAGAGAGAGAGAUUCCAAAGUACAACAGAAAUGUUUAAUUCUAAAUACAUAUCCAAAAGCCUGUUGAUUUGAAUUGCUUAUUCAGUGGCCCUCGCCUUCUUCCUGUAGAUGUGAGGCUGACUGAGCCUGAGGUCCUGAAUGUCCCAAUGGAAGAGCGCAGACAGGAAUCAGAGCCCAAACGUUUACUCAUGGACCUGAGCAAGGAACACAUCAGCGAGAUGGACAGGAGAGUGACACAAGGUAAGGAGGAAUGAUAAAAAUAAAGUUAUAUCCACUGCUGGAAGUCUCUCUCUCUCUCUCUCUCUCUCGCCCCCUCUUUGAUUCUCUCUCCCUGAUUCUCUCCUCUCCAUUGUACACUCCUUCUGUGGACGAGUACAGACAGGGAACCGAGAACUCCCAGAAAACUCUGGUGGACAUCAAGCCUGUCGAGAUUGAGAGAACUGACAUACUGACACCUUGGGGGUAGAAAGAGUGUGUGUAUACUGAUGGGGUCUGCUUGCUGUAAAGCCCUAUCUUAACCAUUUACAAUUGUCUGUCCCCACUCUCCAGGCUGCCAGCCAGUCCCAGUUAAGCGGAGUACGUACAGACCUGAGUCAGCUCCACUAUGCCCUGGGGGACGUGAAGGACAUCCAGAUCUCCCCGGCAGACAUCAGCAAGGACUGGAAGCAAAGCAUUAACAUAAUUGAAUCCUGA